AUGCGUAGAGGUUCCGUUCCGAACGAGAGUGUGGAAAAAUCGGACAAGUGGAUAUUGGAUUUCGCCAAGAAGGUGUGCCCGGACUCGGUGCCGACACAACCAUCAUUCGACGUUGUUGAUGGGAGCGAUUCUAAUCCUCCCUUCUCGAUGGCAGAGCUCUCCAUAGCUCUAUUGACGGGCAACAACACUGCUCCUGGUCCGGACAAGAUCAAGUUCAGCUUGCUGAAGAAUCUUCCGGACGUUGCCAAGCAGCGUCUGUUGAAACUGUUCAACACGUUGGUGGAGCAGAACGUAAUUCCACACGAAUGGCGACAGGUCCGGGUGGUUGCCAUUCAAAAGCCCGGUAAGCCGGCGUCCGACCACAACUCGUAUCGUCCAAUCAGCUUGCUGUCGUGUCUACGCAAGUUGCUGGAGAAGAUGAUCCUCGACCGCCUCGAACCAUGGAUGGAACGAGAGCACAUGCUGUCAGACACGCAGUAUGGCUUCCGGAGAGGCAAGGGAACAAGCGACUGUUUAGCCUUGCUGGCCACAGGAAUCGACAUAGCCCGUGGUAAAAAACAGCAAAUGGCUUCUGUCUUCCUAGACAUCAAGGGUGCAUUUGAUUCAGUCUCCAUCGAUGUGUUGGGAGUAAAGCUGCGGCGGAGCGGUCUCAAUCCGACGAUGUGCAACUUCCUCAUCAACCUGUUGUCAGAAAAACACAUGCACUUUGUGCAAGGUGAUCUGGCAAUCACCCGGAUAAGUUACAUGGGUUUGGCACAAGGCUCACGCCUUAGCCCAUCCAUGUAUAACUUCUACGUCAGCGAUAUCGAUGAUUGCUUGACCGGAGACUGCACCCUUAUACAAUUCUUCACCGAUGGCUCCAAGCUCGACGGCUGUACGGGCUUCGGUGUUUAUCAUGAAUCUUAUCAGCUGUUCUUUAAGCUGAAGGACCCGAGUUCGGUUUAUGUCGCAGAGUUAGCCGCGGUUUACUGCGCACUGCGAAUCAUCGAGACCAUGCCACCUGACCACUACUUCAUCUUUACCGAUAGCUUUAGCUCUGUUGAGGCUAUCCGGUCUCUGAAGCCGACCAGGGAGUCUGCGUUUUUCCUCACGGAAAUACGCAAGACUUUAAACAACCUGGCGGCUCAGUCCUUCAGCAUCACGGUGGUAUUAGUCAACUACCGCCAGGACCAGCACUACAGCGCUGCCAAGUCCGCUGCCGCUGUUCAGCUGACAGCUGCUAAAUACAACCGCGCCGGAGAAGAAAGUAUAACAAAGCAUCCCUUUCAUCAGAUUGACGCCAUUCAUGUCGGCAAUCACUUUCAGGACAUCACCACCACCACCGCCAACGAGUGCGGCUUGAGACGAGUAAGUGUGGUGUACGUGCAACAAUGCAGGAGGCAGUGGCGGGGAGGGAAUGUUAGUUGA